GAUAUUACUCAUUUAUAUAUCGUAAUUUCUUGUUUAUUACUAUUUAAUGAACUAUUAUUUACGUAUACCAGUCUACCAAUUAUGGAUUCAUUGAUGACUUUAGAAAGCUUUAUCGAAAAUCAAUGUAACUCAAGAAAUUUCAUAAAUGCAUCUCCUGUGCCUAGUGUUUGUUCUUCAGAACCUUGUAUGUUAGGAGUAGAUGAAGCUGGACGAGGCCCUGUAUUAGGGCCAAUGGUAUAUGGUAUUGCAUAUUGUCCAUUAGAUAAAAAGGAACUCUUACAGUCAUUGGGCUGUGCAGAUUCAAAGGCUUUAACAGAAGAAAAGAGAGAUGAAAUAUUACUGAAUAUUUUUACUCAGGAUGAUGCUAAGGAAAAUUUGGGUUGGGCUGCUGAAGUUAUAUCACCAAAUUAUAUAUCAAAUUCUAUGUAUAGAAGAGCCAAGCAUUCUUUAAAUGAGGUUUCAAUGAAUUCAGCUAUAGGUUUGAUAAAAAUGGCAAUAGAGAAAGGUGCCAAUAUAAAAGAGGUUUACGUGGACACUGUGGGACCACCUGAGAAGUACCAGGCAAAAUUGACUGAAAUAUUCCCUGAUAUUAAAAUAACUGUGGCAAAAAAGGCUGACUCCAUCUACCCUAUUGUAUCAGCAGCCAGUAUUGUGGCAAAAGUUACCCGGGAUCAUGCAUUAAAAGUUUGGAAAUUCAAAGAAGGACUUGACCUCAAGCAAAGUGAUUUUGGAAGUGGCUACCCUGGAGAUCCCACCACAAAGAAAUUCCUCAGAGAAAACAUAGAUCAUGUUUUUGGUUAUCCACUUCUUGUGAGGUUUAGUUGGUCGACCGCUGAGUCCUUAUUACAAGAGAAGGCGGCCUCCUGCGACUUCGAGGACAUCGAUGAACCGACUAAUAAAAAGGCAGCUGGUACCAAGUCGAUCAGUUCAUUUUUCUCGCCCAAAAAUGGGGAGGUGAAACGGAAGAAACACAAGUUUUUUGAAGAAAGGUUAUUGAGUAUGGAGAAUGCUUUUAACUGAAAUCAAGUUAGUUAUUUUCUUAUUAAAUAUUUUCAAAGUA